AUGGAACCAGACCGAUAUACAAAGGUAUCAAGGCCUGCCAGACAGUCUCCAGCGGAUCGCUUGGAUACAAAUACAGAUCCAUUCUCAAUUGAUGCAGAUGAAACACAUCGUGGAAUCGACCCGCCAAUAGACAAUAUGAAAUCAUAUACCAACAGGGCCAAUCUGUUGGCUCCUACAAGGACUGAUUCACGAGUCCCAAAUCCAGCUUCACAAUCAAACAGGGCUCUUGCAAACCAAAACCAGGCAUCACAUUCUUCAUCGGCAAAUACAACCGUCCAUGUCGCUCCAUCAACUGCUACACUCGACAACUUGCCACUACCAUUGUAUAAUCGACCAUCGCACCGUGCAACGGAUCGUAGCGAAGUCAUAUUCGACGAUCUGAUGAUACAGUCUCCCAAUGGUCGGAUUGUAGAGUUGUCCCAGGAGACCGUGUAUCGAUACAAUGAUGGGAAUUCGAGUCAGCUACCGACUGUAUUGACCAGGACACACUAUGCGGAUAGGAUGCCUACGUAUGUUGUAAACGCAUUACCACAACAACAGCAGCAGCAACCACAUCACAGACACGCUCGUCAUGAUGUCGAAGAAGACAGCACUGUAGAUGUUGCAUCCAUGUAUAUGACUGAAUCAGAUGUCACCACUACCACAAUACCACCACCUAUAUCCAAUAUACCGCAAACAACAACAAUACCAUCUCAACAGCAGCAGCCAACUGUAGUGACUCGUCACAGUAUAUUCAAACACAUAUCCAUAAGGCAACGAUCAAAGUCCCCUACACGGCACCACCCUAUCGUCGUGGCUCCAUGGGAAGCAAACGAUGAACAACAACCGCCAAACGCUUCUCAAACAGAUAUAUCAGACAAGAGUGCGGUUAGGAAAUCUAGAGAUGAGAAAUCAGAUACCUCGGGUUCUACCCUCGUUGCUGUACCACCGAAAAUGAAUUCGUUCUCUAGAGUUUUUUCAAAUCUCCGGAAAUCGUUGUAUGCCGCUGAUGAUUCGGACAGUCGGUCAUCAGACAGUCUUGAUGCCAGGAAUGAAAAGAGGAGGUCUUGGCGAUUCAACAAGAAUGGUGCUAUUGCUGCUGUACCAAAGAAGCGCAAGAGUCCACGAGCUGUUUGUAUUCGACGGACUGUGUUUGGAGUUAUUGCUGGUCUGAUCAUUGUGGGAGGAAUAGUGCUCAUGGUUCUAUACUUUACCAACAACCACAUCAAGGCUCUCUUGACAAACAACCCAAUAUACGAUGCCCCAUACUUCAACUCAACAAUCAAGCUGAGCAAAAACAAUUUUGUAAACGGAACAGACUGGCUUGGUUUUGGUACUUCACUAGCUUGGUGGGCUCGUUUCGCUGGUGAAGAUCUCAAUGGAACAACAUCAUUCGACGACUUGCUUGAUCUGUUUUUUGAUAAAGACAAGGGUCUUGGUUUGACUGUUGUCAGAUACAAUCUUGGAGCUACGCAGCCGAGUCCACCUACCAAUGUUGCUAGCUAUCACUCAUUCUCUGAUAUGCCUGCUGUGCAACAAUACUACCAAGGACCGUACAACUGGGAUUUGGAUAAGGGUCAACGAUUGACAUUCCUUGCUGCCAUCAAGAGAGGUGUUAUUGCUGCAGAGCUCUUCACAUCAUCUCCUCCAUGGUGGAUGACCUACUCUGGAUCUAGUAUGGGAAAUACAGAUGGAAGUGACAACUUGAUACCAGGCAACUAUGGAAUCUUUGCAGACUACUUGGCAAACGCGAUCCUCUUCUACCGAGACAACUACAAUAUAUCCUUUAUGAGUGUGGCGCCCUUCACAGAACCAACUGCCAACUGGUGGGCAUACAACGCCAAUGCCAAUCAAGAAGGAUGUCAUUUCGAUGCCUCCUCUGUCGUCAACUUUGUCAAUACCCUCAACACGACAUUGAAAUCGUAUGGUCUCACAACGCAAAUAGCUAGUCCUGACGAAGUCGCAUACUCGUAUACGCAAGCCACGUUGCAAACUGUAUCGACAAAGAACAUGGCGUCGUUUCAGAAAGUAAAUACUCAUGGAUAUUUCGAUCCACCAAACUCUGAGCGGGCAGCUUUAGGUCAAUAUGUACAGAAGAUUGGGAAGAAAGUUUGGAUGAGCGAGCUUGGUACAGGAGGCCAGACAAUGGUACCUGCUGCCACGGGAAUACGUUCUUUAGGCGGUAUUGGUCUUGCUCGACAGAUUGUAGCAGAUAUUUAUUACUUGGGUGUUACUGCAUGGGUUUAUUGGCAGGCAUUGGAUACUGGAGGAGAUUGGGGCUUGUUGAGUAUCCCUCAAACUGGUUAUACAACAACGUACUUCCAAUCGGGCAUCCCAACUCCUGGAAAGCAAUACUAUGUCAUGAUGCAAUAUUCUCGGUGGCUGAGACCUGGAAUGGACAUUAUAGCGUCAGAUCAAGGCACUGAUGUAGCCGUAAUCGCAGCGCGCUCCACAUCAAACCACCAAAUAGUGAUUGUAGCACUAAACCAAUGGCCCUUCCAACGAGUCUUUGGAGUUGACCUCUCACUAUACGCUUACGGUGUGAACGCUACACAGACAACAAACAUGACUAUAACAGCAUACAGGACAUCAAAUAGUGAGAAUCACGCUCAAGUGCCGCCACCUGGAUAUGGAAGCAAUUCGGUGGUUUCGGUUUCGUGUACGCCGUACUCGGUUACGACGGUUGUUCUGAAUGGACUCGCAUGGACCUCAUAA